UAUCUGACAGAAACCCCAUGACAGAGAGAAUGAUAGUCAUAUCCACCUGGAGUUUAGAGGUGUCAGCAUCAACGGCUACAGAUACACUCACAUUAACCACAUUGGACCUCCUGAAAACUGGUAUUCAUGACAUGUCAGAAGUGAAGACAUGAUGAAUGGAGAAACAAAGAUUCAUGCCCUCUCAGAGUCUUUAACUUUGGAGGACAAAGAAAAAGGAGGGGUUGACAUCUCAGGAAUCACAAAUCCAGCAAUCAGCCUGAAGGAAGAAGAUCAGCUUGUUGCUGCAACCGUUCAUCUGGAUCACCUCAGUAAAGAUGAAGUGCUAAAAUUGAUCAGAAUACUCGAGCCCUAUGACAAGAACCUUGAACUAAAGACGGCAAAAGAUCUGAAAGCAGGACUGUCUCUAGGUGAUCUUCGACUGAACAGUGAGCCAGGACUUCGAGCACCAGGUGUUCAGGUUAAUGGGCUAAAUGGACAGAUAAAUGCCCCAAGCCUUAAGGGUGGCAUCUCAACGCCAACAGUAAAUGCAGAAAUGCCACAGAUUGGGCUAAAGCAUGCCACACCUAACUUCAGCAGCCCAGGGUUCAAAAAGCCAACUUUUGGCUUGUCUGCACCAAAUCUCGAAGGAGCAGGUUUGGAUGGUACAUUCGAAGCACCUGAUGUCAGUGUCUCUACCCCUGCACUUAACACCCCAGAUGUUUCUGUUAAUGUGGACAAACCUGAACUGAAUACUAAAACACCUAAGUUUAAAAUGCCCACCUUCAGUAUACAUGGUAAAAAACCAAAGGUUGAUGGUGAUGUGAAUCUAACCACCCAAAACGUAAAUGCGGACCUAAAAACCCCUGAUCUAAAUCUGUCAGCCCCAAAGAUUAAUGGAGAAAUUGGGACCCCUGACUUAGACAUGACCUCACCAAAAGCUGAAUUCAGUAGUCCUAACCUGGACAUCGAAACACCAAAAGCUAAUAUCGAAGCCCCUUCUGGCAAGAUAAAAUUUCCUAAAUUCAAGAAAGCUAAAACUACAAAAAUGAAAGUUCCACAGGCGAGUGUUGAUGCAAAUCUUUCUGCUUCAAAGGUAAAUGCAGAUAUCAAUGCACCAAAUGUUGACAUUGAUCUGCCAAGAGCCAACCUUGAAGCUCCAGAUGUAGAUAUUCAAACUCCUGAUGUUGAUAUAAUUGCUCCCUCUGGGAAAACAAAGCGGCCAAAAUUUAAGAAACACACAUUUGGCAAGAAGGUUAAAGCACCAGAGGCUGGCUUAGAUGCCAGUGUCUCAACACCUGAUUUAAGUCUCUCUGCACCAAAGAUAGAUGGAGAUAUCAGCAUCCCAAAAGGAAAUGUCAAUUUACCGUGCACUGAUGUUGAUGUAAAAGCACCAGACAUUAAUGCUCCGACUGCAAAGCACAAGUUCUCAACUUUUAAAAUGCCAAAGCUAAACUUACAUAAAUCAAAGCUGAAAACUCCAGAUAUAAAUGCAGGGACACAUGCACCAGACUUGGACAUGUCAGCUCCUGGGAUAGAUAUGAAUCUGCCAAAAGCUGAACUGGAAGGACCAAAUCUAGAUGUCAAGGCACCAAACCUCAAUCUCUCUGCUCCAAAUGUAGACAUUAAAACUCCAGCUGCUGAUGUGACGGCACCAGAUAUUGGCAUAGAAGCUCCAUCUGCAAAGUUAAAGAAACCCCAUGUUAAAUUGCCUAAAAUAAAUCUAUCUGGGCCAAAAAUGAAAGGUCCAGAUGUAGAUCUCAAUGCAAAGGCAGAUCUCCAUGGACCAGACUUAGACCUGAAAGAUCCAGAUUUCAGUCUUUCAGCACCCAAAGUUGAUGGCAAACUUAAUGCUCCAGAUCUGGAUCUGAACUUGCCCAAUGCUAAUGUCAAAAGUCCAAAUGUAGACCUUGAAGCCCCAGACAUUUACAUUGAUGCCCCCUCUAGCAAAGCCAAGGUACCUCACUUUAAGAUGCCUAAAUUUGGUCUUUCUGGACCCCGGGUUAAAACACCAAAACUAGAUGCACCUGAUGGUGAUGUAAACUUGCCCACAGCAGAACUCAAAGGACCUAAUGUAGAUGUUAAAGCACCUAAUCUUAGUGUUUCAACACCUAAAGUUAAAGGUGACAUUUCUGCUCCUUCUUUAGACCUUGGUUUACCAAAAGCCGACUUAAAUGCUCCAAGUGCAAACAUUGGGGGAAAUCUAAAGUCUCAAAAUCUCAAUCUCUCCACGCCAGAUGUAGACCUAGACUUGCCUAAAGCAGAGCUUGAAGGACCUGAUGGUACCCUUAAAGUCCCAGAUGUUGACUGUUCUGGAAAAUAUAAAAUGCCACAUUUAAAUUUGCCAAAAAUGAAUUUGACUGGGCCUAAGCUGGAUGCUAAUGCAGAUCUAGAUCGCGCAGUUCCCAAACUCAAAGGAGAAUUAAAUUCACCUAGUGUUGACUUAAAUCUUCCCAAAGCUGAGGUCAGUGUGCCUAAUGUAAAUGCAUCUUUACCAAAAGCUGAGGUCAGUGUUCCCAAUGUAGAUUUUAAAUCCCCAGACUUAGAUACUCCAUCUGGUAAGCUCAAAAUGAUUACGUUUAAGAAACCAAAAGCUGACCUUUCCGGUCCAAAAGUGAAGACACCAGAGAUUGACUUUGAUACAGAAGCUCCUGAUCUCAGCCUCUCAGCUCCAACAGUUAAUGCGGAUGUCAAAGUGCCAGAUGCUGAUAUAAACCUUCCCAAAGCAGAUGUUGACAUCAAUGCUCCCAAAGGAAAGCUGAAAUUCCCAACACUCAAAAAGUUUAACCUGUCUGGUCCAAACGUCAAAUCUCCUGAUGUUGACAUUGCUGCUGAUGUAAAUGGACCAGACCUUAACCUAUCUUCGCCUGAGGUUGGUACUCCUGACCUUGAUGUGAGUCUUCCAAAAGCUGGAGUUGAUGUAGAUGUACCCACAGCAGAUGUUGACAUCAAUGCUCCUAAAGGAAAGUUUAAAUUCCCAACACUCAAAAAGUUUAAUCUGUCUGGUCCAAAAGCCAAAUCUCCUGAUGUUAACAUUGCUGCUGAUGUAAAUGGACCAGACCUGAACCUAUCUGCGCCUGAGGUUGGUACUCCUAAUCUUGAUGUGAGUCUACCAAAAGCUGGGGUUGAUGUUGAUGUCCCCACAGCAGAUGUUGACAUCAAUGCUCCCAAAGGAAAGUUGAAAUUCCCAACCAUGAAAAAGUUUAACCUGUCCAGUCCAAAAGUCAAAUCUCCUGAUGUUGACAUUGCUGCUGAUGUAAGUGGACCAGAUCUGAACUUAUCUGCACCUGGGGUUGGUACUCCUGAUGUUGACGUGAGUCUCCCAAAUGCUGGGGUUGAUGUCGAUGAUCCAGGCAUUAACGCUGAAGCUGACGGCUCCAAGCUUAAGGUAAAAUGGCCCUUCAAAUGGAGAAAAUCUGCUGAACCAAAGGAUGUGGAUUUUAACAUUAAAGCACCAGAAGUAGAUGGUACCACUGCAGAAAUGAAACUCCCCCAAAAUAUACCAUUGUUCAAGUCUCACCGACUACCUGACAGCAACAUUGACAGUAUCUUACAAAAACUCAAUGGAGCGGUUGACCUCAGUACUGAUCCUACAAAAACAACUAAUGGCGCAGUUACCUCUGUCUCCUCAGUCAAGACAAAUCUUAAAGCUAUUUCUCCGUCUGUUGGGAUCAAUGGACAGACAGCUAGUGUAGAUAUCCGGGAAAGGCUGAGAUUGUCUAAUGCGCGUACUACAAGCACAGAUUCAGAACCAAGCAGCCCUACAAAAGUGAGUAGAGGAACAUUUAAAGUCACAAAGCCUGAUGCUGAUAAGGACUACCCAGUAAUUGAUACAACUAGCAAUGAAGAUGACGCCAAGAUUGCCCUCAGCUUGAACAACAUGCUUGGUUUGCCAACAGAUUGAACCUUAAAUAAAACCCAAGACCCUUGUUAGUGUACUUCCACACCCACUGCAAAGAGCAUAUGUAAAAUAAUAUGUAAAAAAAAAAAAAAAAAAGAUCAACUCCA